AUGACCUCAGAUCAACCAAUUUCCACAGUCUAUGUACACAACCUCGAAGAAAGGGUGAAAAUCCAGUCCUUAAGAGAAUCACUGAAGACUGUAUUUUCUGAGUUUGGUGAUGUCGUCGAUAUUGUGGCCAAGAAAAACCUCAAAGCCAAAGGCCAAGCCUUCAUAGUGUUUAGCGAUCCUGAACAUGCUAAGGAAGCAGUCGAGGAAUUACAAGGGUUCCAGCUCUUUGACAAGCCGAUGAAACUGUCUCUUGCCAAAACGCUAAGUGACAAAUCGAUAGAAAUGAAGUGUUCAUUGGAGGAGUAUGAAGCACACAAGAGACAUCGCUUAUCAGAGAAAGAAAAACGAUUAGCUUUGGAGGCAGCCGAUAAUGAACGACAACCCAAGAGAGGUGCAGGCACUACCACUGACGUCAGGCCGAGCAAGCUUUUCAGGCCAUCGGGAUUAAAGUCAACAGGACCUGCUGCUUCCCAAGUAAUUCCGGACGAAUAUCUGCCACCCAACAAGAUCCUAUUCUUGCAAAACAUCCCAGAUACAUAUGGCGUCGAUGCAUUGGGCGCGAUUUUUGGCAGAUUUGAAGGAUUUCGCGAAAUCAGACUCGUUCCCGGGCGUCGAGGCAUCGCCUUUGUAGAGUAUGAGGCUGAGCAAGGCGCAAUCGACGCAAAAGAGAAUACAUCUGGAAUGAAAUUAGGAGAUGUUUCGAUCAAAGUUACUUAUCAAAGACAGUAA